AUGCCGAGCCACGCGGGAGGGCGCGCCGCGGACGGAGGCGCCCGGCCCCCGGCGCCCGGGCGCGGGCAGCGGCCGGCGGCGGGAGGCGCCCGGAGACGGCGGGGAGCGGGCAGCGGGCGCGCGGCUACUUACUGGCGGGGCCGGCGCGCUCCGCGGAGUCGCCACGGGAGCCACGCUCGGCCGCCUGGCAGGCACUGUAGGCGGCGGAGGCAGGGCCGCGGCGGCCGCUCCGCAGAACGCGGGCUCGGCGGGGACUGCCUCUCUCCGCGUCCAGCCCGGGCGCGCCCCCAGCUGCGAUCCUCACUUCGGGUGUUCCCUCUGGCCCCGAGCCCGCACCCCGAGCCCGCGUCCCCGGCGCGCUCCGAGGAGGCCGGUGCCAGCCCCGAGCCUUUUGUUCUGGGGUCGCCCGGCGUCCGCCGCGCUCUCUCCCCGCCCGGGGAAGCUCGCUCCCCAAGCACAGCCGGGCCCGGCCCCAGUUACCAGCCGCCCGGCCGGGGCCACGGCUCGGAGCCCCAGGAGGGGCGGGGCCGGGGGGCCCGGAGGGAGGCGCCGGGGCCCCUGCGGAGAACCGAGCUGCCAAGACUUGGCGGCCCCGGGAGCCCGAGGGCCUGGGCAAGGGAACCCCAGGAUUGUUCCCGGAAAUUAGCUGAACCUGGCGCCCUCCCCCGGACCCCGAACACCACCCCCGCUUGA